AUGAAUCGCACACAGCUCAUCGAUACGCUUACCUCGGUGCAAGCGUCACCCAAGAGACCGAUCUUGACCCUCGUGAAUGGCGAUAAUACGUGGCUGAUAUCAGUUCCGAGGCCCGACAACACGACUGGCAAAUCUUUCUACCACAUUCUACAGGAUCCUUGGCUCAGCGGACCCUCAGACGCCUAUUCCCGCUGGUUCCUGCGCAUGCAGCUCAAAGAGGAAGGGGCCCUUAGUAGCUUCAAGGCCGUCGAAGACUGGAUCCAGGAGGUGGAAACCGCUUGCGGGGGCACGAAUGAAGAAGACGAGCGGUGGCUUGAUGCGGUUCUCGUCACACACACCAAUACCGAUCAUCUACACCAACCGACGUUGCGAAGCUUGGACCCAUCCAUCAAUGUCUUUGCUGUAGAAGACGCCGCCGCGACCAUAUCCGCGAUGAAACAUUUCAAAAGCAUUACGAUCGUUCCUGAUUUCGUCCGCGGCAAGAAGUGGCCAAUCACUCCAGAAAUGCCCGAAUGGCUAUCCGUCUUCCGUUUGCCGGAUGAGAGCGGUGUGAACCCGAAUCUGUACCACGCCAUAAUCAUCGGAAUGUCGGCCCAGGAUGGGAAGGACGAAGCGAUCUUGUAUACCCCGCAUGGCGUGGAACCCGAGAUGGUGGAAGCCGCUAGGAAAGCGAACCCCAAUGCCAGCGUCCUAGCGAUGUUGCACCCGCUCAAUGAGUGCGGCACCUUAGGCAUCAACUCAAGAGGUGUUGCGAAUGGGUUGAAAAUUGAACGGCAAAAUUCUGUCCGUUACUGGGUAAACACUCAUGAUGACAAGCUGCAGUACGCGGGGGUUUUGGCCUAUUUCAUGCACUACGGGCGCAAAACGUUGGAACAGGGUCUCGAGGAAGAGGCCAAUGAAAAGGGCCAGGAACAGCGGAGACCCAACUACAUAGUUGUUGGGAAUGGCGGGAGUCAGAUCCUGGCUUGA